CCUCGCGCCUUCGCUCCCACCAACUGGCCGCUCUCCCGACUCCCGAGUCGCACGCGGCCGCCGCAACAGCAGCGCCAAUGGAGGCCCCGAGCAGCCACGUCACCGCCUCCUUCUCCGACUGCGACGACAGCGUCUCCAUGGAGGACGCGGCGCCCGACGCGGACGUGGAGGCGCUCCGCCGCCUCUCCGACAACCUCGCCGCCGCCUUCCGCUCGCCGGACGACUUCGCCUUCCUCGCCGACGCGCUCGUCGCCGUGCCGGGCGCGCCCGACCUGCGCGUGCACCGCUGCGUGCUGUCCGCGCGGAGCCCCUUCCUGCGCGCCCUCUUCAAGCGCCGCGCCGCCGCCGCCGGGUCGUCCGGCGGCGCGGAGGGGAACCGGCUGGAGCUCCGGGAGCUUCUCGGCGACGAGGUCGAGGUCGGGUACGAGGCGCUGGAGCUGGUGCUCGACUACCUGUACAGCGGCCGCGUCCGCGACCUCCCCAAGUCGGCGUGCGCCUGCGUCGACGAGGGCGGCUGCGCGCACGUCGGCUGCCACCCCGCCGUCUCCUUCAUGGCGCAGGUCCUCUUCGCCGCAUCCACCUUCCAGGUCGGCGAGCUCGCCAACCUCUUCCAGCGGCAUCUCCUUGAUUUCCUUGAUAAAGUUGAAGUGGAUAACCUUCCGUUGAUCUUAUCUGUUGCAAACUUAUGCAACAAAUCUUGCGUGAAACUGUUCGAGAGAUGCAUGGAGAUGGUAGUCCGGUCAAAUCUUGACAUGAUUACUCUAGAGAAAGCAUUGCCUCAAGAUGUCAUCAAGCAAAUUACUGAUUUACGGAUAACUCUUGGAUUAGCUUCACCCGAAGACAAUGGCUUUCCUAACAAACACGUAAGAAGGAUACUCAGAGCACUUGAUUCUGAUGAUGUGGAGCUUGUCAGGAUGCUGCUCACAGAAGGGCAGACUAACCUUGAUGAUGCAUUUGCAUUGCACUAUGCUGUAGAACACUGUGACUCAAAAAUUACAACAGAACUUCUGGACAUCGCACUUGCGGAUGUUAAUCUCAGAAACCCAAGAGGUUAUACUGUUCUUCACAUCGCCGCUAAGCGGAGAGAUCCUAAAAUCGUUGUCUCCCUUUUAACCAAAGGUGCCCGGCCUUCAGAUUUUACAUUUGAUGGAAGAAAAGCAGUUCAAAUCUCAAAGAGACUCACAAAACAUGGUGAUUAUUUUGGGAAUACUGAAGAAGGAAAGCCGUCUCCCAAUGAUAAAUUAUGCAUUGAGAUAUUGGAGCAAGCUGAAAGAAGGGAUCCACAACUUGGAGAAGCAUCACUUUCUCUUGCAUUGGCUGGUGACUGUCUUCGUGGAAAGUUACUGUACCUUGAAAACCGAGUUGCUUUGGCAAGGAUAAUGUUUCCAAUUGAGGCAAGAGUAGCAAUGGACAUUGCUCAAGUGGAUGGUACUUUGGAAUUUACCCUUGGUUCUAGUACAAAUCCACCUCUGGAGAUAACAACCGUUGAUCUGAAUGAUACUUCUUUCAAAAUGAAGGAGGAACACUUAGCUCGGAUGAGAGCCCUCUCCAAAACAGUUGAACUCGGCAAACGUUUCUUCCCACGCUGUUCAAAUGUGCUGGACAAGAUCAUGGACGAUGAACCUGAGCUGGCUUCCCUCGGAAGAGAUGCAUCCUCCGAGAGGAAGAGGAGGUUUCACGACCUGCAAGAUACGCUUCUGAAGGCGUUCAGCGAGGACAAGGAGGAGUUUAACAGAACGACAACCCUUUCAUCUUCGUCAUCGUCGACGUCCACUGUAGCAAGGAACUUGGCAGGUCGAACUAGGAGAUGAGCACCCUGGCCCAUUCUUGCCAUAUUGAUAGCUGAUUCUUUUUCCGUCUGAAACUGCUCGCUAGAUCUUUCUUUUCUAUUUAACGAGUACUAUUAGUGUAGCAUCAUCGUCAGAUAUGAUGAAGCUGUUGGCUUUGGCCCUGUAAAUCGCCUAGUUAUGCUCAUUUUUGCUUGUAUAGUAACCGUUCUCCAUACAGUAAUUUGUUGAUGGAGCUUAUGGAUCCAUGUAGUAGCAGCCCUUGGCCUCUGACUUUGAUGAUUGGUGAGAAACAGAUGGUAGAACAUUAAAAAAAAAA